AUGGAGGACAAGGCGGCCCACACGGGGCCCCUCCCCUACCACACGGGGCAUGUCUCGGUUCCUGAGAGCACAGGUGCCGAGUUCUACGACGCGGACUUCGGGAACAAGGCCACCUUGGCGCGCGUCGUGGCAGAGUCACCCAGGCGGUACAAGAUCAUGUCCUCGACGGCGCCGCGGUUCCGCGAGGCGCCGAGCACCGCCACCCCGGGCCCCGGCGUGUACGAGAUCAACCAAGGUCACAAGAAGGGUUUUGAGAAGACGAUCGAAGACUCGCGAGUGACGUACGCCGUGGCCUUCAAGGGCACCGAGCGCAAGUUCGACUUCGGGUCCUCGUCAGCCCCGGACGCGUGGUACGAGGUUGAGGACUACAAGUCGGUCAAGCAGUCCCUCGAGCAGACCGCGCGGCAGUACUCCAACAUGCGGUCGCGCCGGCCGCGGUUCCAGCGCCAGGCGGCGUCGCAGGCGCCCGACGUGGUGUACGACACCGACGUGGGCCCGAACAAGAGCCUCGCGUCGAUCGUGCGCGACUCUCCGCGCAAGUACACGGCCAUGAGCACGGUCUCCACCGCCGGGCGGUCACGCGCCAGCCACAACACCACCCUGCCCGACAUCGGCCCGGGGCGGUACGUGACCAAGACGCACUGGGAGCUCCGGCGCGACCCGCCCGCGUGGGACAAGCCCAGCUCGAGCUUCCUGAGCACCGGGCGCAACAAGAAGAAAGUCAAGCGACACAUGAAAAUGAGCAUGGCCAGCGUGCCGUCGUGA